AUGGGCCAGGAAACUGCCAACCAGACAUGGGUGAACGAGUUCAUCUUGUUGGGGCUGUCCAGUGACUGGGGCACUGAAGUCUUCCUCUUUGUCCUGAUUUUGGCUAUGUACGUGGUGACUGUGGUGGGGAAUUCCUUGAUUAUUCUCCUCAUUAGACUGGACAGCAGACUUCAUACACCCAUGUACUUCUUUCUUAGUGGUCUGUCCUUGGUAGACCUCAGCUAUGGAAAUAGUAUUGCCCCGCAAAUGUUGGUCCACUUUGUCUCUGCCCAAAAGCUCAUCCCAUUCCAUAGCUGUGUGCUCCAGCUCUAUGUCUCCCUGGCACUGGGUGGUUCCGAGUUCUUCCUACUGGGAGCUAUGUCCUAUGACCGCUAUGUGGCGGUGUGCCACCCACUGCACUACACAGUCAUCAUGGAUAGGGGACUGUGCUUGCGGCUGGCUGCCAGUUGCUUGGUGGCUGGUUUCUUGAACUCACUGAUGGAAACAAUCAUCACUUUCCGCCUUCCUCUGUGUCACAACGUUAUUAACCACUUCGCCUGUGAGACCCUCGCAGUGCUUCGGCUAGCCUGUGUGGACAUCUCUUUCAAUAAGGUCAUGGUGGCCAUUUCAGGAUUUCUGGUCAUCAUGCUCCCCUGUUCGAUGACUCUGUUCUCUUACGCUCACAUAGUCACUGCCAUUCUGCGGAUCCGCUCCACCCAGGGCCGUCACAAAGCCUUUGGAACUUGUGCCUCUCACCUCACUAUGGUGUGCAUGUGCUUUGGGGCUAGCAUCUUCACCUACCUGGGGCCCCGCUCUGCCUCCUCCACGGACCAGGAGAAGAUGGUUGCUUUAUUCUAUGCUGUGGGAGCACCCAUGUUGAACCCUGUCAUCUACAGCUUGAGAAAUAAGGAAGUCAUGGCUGCUCUUAGGAAACUUGUAGAGAAAUUCAGAUAA